CUCAGAUUUCUUGAUCAAAUUAAGAUGUGUCAAGGCCUGGCCACGGAGCCCGAGCUUCACAGCCACCACCAUCAUGGUUUCGAAGUUGUAAACAUGGAUUUGAAUGGGGGUGGAUUAGAUAACAAUCACGACAAAAGCUAUCAAAUGGAUCACGAAGAAGUGGAGGAUUUGUUUAAGAAGCUCGACAAGAACAAUGAUGGAAGGAUUGACCUAAAUGAACUUGCGGAAGGACUGAAAAAUCUGCAUGGUUCAAGAUACAAGGCCGGCCAAGCUCAGGUGUGUACAAAUUAUAAUAAAAACAGCCAGCAAAAUUGACGCCAAAGAAUAUUUUGUCUAGAAUAACUUUGAAACAUUUCUGUUUUUAUUCCAUCUUCCUUUUUUGUCGCCUUAAGGCAUAGAUACGAAUUUCACCGGUCAUAAAUGCAAUCUGUGUAUUUGCGCACACUAAAUAUUGGUUUUAAGUUGGUUCGUUUGGGAUGUAAAUUGCUUCGCUCAAUUUGAAUAAUUUUGUGCCCAGUUGAAAUCAUGGUGUGCGGUAAAAAAAUGUGAUAAUCAAGAAGUUUGCCCUUUAAUUUCGUACAGAAUGUACAAUGUUUCGUUUUUGAUUGAUUAGUGUCGAUUUAUGGGUACUAUCGAACAGCCCGAAAAUUUACCACACCGGUAGAAAUAAAUCUGUACGAUCCUUGACUAUUUCACGCUUGAAUUCAAGUAAAUUAGCCUUUACCUUAAUUUUCCAAAAAAGGCGUAGCUAUUAUUGAUUUUGUAUGAUUCCCUGCACUAGAGUUGCAAAUGGAAAUUUCCUUAUUUAACAUGUUUGUACAUUUCACUUCAUUUAACAUGAAGGAAAAUUUACACUCGUGUUAUGUACACAAUCAACGAAGGAAAACAUCUCUGAACUGUAUGUUUUAUUCUUGUAGAUUGUUUUACACUGUCCUAAAUGUUUCCUAUAUAGACAAUUUAAGCUUGUGGGAGUAAAUUCUGCUGCAGACUUACAAUUUUAUGACAUACCUAUUUGUCAGAAAAUAUGCAAAUUUACUUCUACUUGGUACAUAUUUUGAAUUUUCCUGUAUACCUGCAACGAUUUUUUUUUCUGAGUAUAAGUGCGGGUAAUUGUAGUGUCAAGAAUGUUAGGAUUCUUUUUGAUAUUUUUUAGACACAUUUCCAAUUCUAUCAAUUAUCAUAAUUUAUAGUUAAAUAGAGAUAACAGGUGAAUGUAUAAGUUCUCAACUAUUGAAUUUAGUGGUUUGUGGUUUUAUAUGGUAAGAAUUCAUGCUAUCCAAAAACUUAUGGUUUAGGUUUUUUCCCUCAUCUCCUCUUUAUUAGAGACAAAAUUAAUUAAUUAACAAUGCAGAAAAUGUUAGAAGCAUGCAAGCAAACAAUCAAGGUUUGAAAGUGAUUGAAAUUAAAUCUUGAAGUUCAUAACCAAACCAUUGAGUAAUUUAAUCUAUUGCCCACACUUCUUUUGGUACUGUUUAUUCUCCAUUUAAUAAAUCCUCCUUCACUCCCAUUGUCUGAUGAGAGUUUCUCUCAAACUUGUAAAAUAGGGUUGGAAUCUUGUUACUAUCAUCAACUUAUAUCAGCAAAUUUUGCUGCUACUAAAUAACAGAGCCCCUGUGGACUGUUUUUUUUUAACUUUUAUGGUCAGCAUUAUCAUCUUUUCAUAUGUGUUGCCUACAAUUUGGCAGAAAUUACAAGGAAAAAAUCAUAGGAAAAAAACAAAUUGUAAUGACUACAUAGUUAAAUAAGAAUUGGGAGAAAGUAUUUGAAAAAACUUAGGGAGCUAUACAGACCACUUGACAGCUAAUCUAGUAUUGAAAUCCAGUGGAAUCACUUGUUCUUGUGAUUGCUAUAAUUAUAUUUGUCCUCUUUGCUAAUAUAGAUUACCAUUAUGAAAUGAUCUCCAAAAUGAUUGAUCAAAGCUUAGCCUACUCAGAUGCUCUGGAAAGGUUGGGGUGUUGUGGACACUUGUCUCGUAUGAAAACUAGAUUGUAUAGACCAAAAAAGUGACUGAAUUAAAAUGUUGAUCUUAUCUUUUUUCAAUUUACUGGUAGUUACACCAAUCUAAAAUACUUUUCCAGUAAAUACAAUUUACUGUCCUUUCUUUAUUCUUUUGUUUUUAACGUGUUUCUUGGCUUUCAGAGAAUAAGGCUUACAGCAUGUUUUGUGAUGUCCAUUUCAGCAAAUUAUGAACCUUGGUGAUCAGAACCUUGAUGGGCAGAUGUCAUUUGAGGAGUUUGUCAAAUAUGUGACUGACCAUCAGAAAAAAUUGUGGAUAGUUUUCCAGUCUAUUGAUCAAGAUGGCAGUGGUAACCAAUAUCUUUAAAUUAAUUGUUAAUUUUAGGAGUCUAAAAGAGAUUAGAAAUCCUAGGGAAAGAGACCUUUUUGUAUUACAAAUGAAUGGUUAGUCUCUAAAAUGGGUCAAUAUGAUUUCUUCAGUCUUUACAUUUUAUCUUUUUACUAAAAUUUUGGGUGCAAGAGAAAAAAAAUUAAGAAAUCUGAUUUUCUCUUCAGUAUUGAUGUAUAAUUUUGGGAGCUACAUCACAAUAUAAUUUGGCCUUAUUAGGGUACUUGAGAAUAAUACUGUUCUUCUACAGACUGAAGGAAACUUCAAGAAAAUGUUUUUAGUGUAAUUUUUGACUAAAGGAAGAAACAAAUAAGGAACAGGGUAGUCAAGGAUUAACAUGGGCUGUAGUUAAUGAACUUGAGACAUUUGCAUUUAGCAAUGUGCUUUUUUGACGUGGAACAUCAGAGAAUUCUAUUAUCAUAAUGGCAAAUUUCCAACUAAAUUCCAAUGGCCUGAAUUAUUUUUUUAAUUCAGACACAUAGAAUAUUCUCCUAUAAGUUAAAAAUUUUUCCCUGCUGCAACAUUUCUUAAUGAAAAGCCUGAUUUGAGGGGAAAUUUUUCGAGAUGAUUAACUGUGAUGCAACUCCCAUAGAAUAAGUGCAAAGGCAAGGUAAUGCUCAUUAUAUAUCUCAGUCAAUUUAGCAGGCUAUAUUUCUCUGUACAGCCUGCUAAAUUCAGGGGUUUGUUUUAAUUUAAAUCCUCUCCCUCUAUUUGAAUCCAGAUAUGUGAUUAAUAUCUGACUAACCUUGUUUUCUUGGUCUAUACUGUAAGUUACAGGACCUUGUUUUGUUUCACCCUGGGCUAUAAAUCUUAUUGGGAAAAACUUGGUCUGUAACUUAAAGUAGAGACCUCAAAUUGGGUUAGUAAGAGGUAUCUAUGUAAAGGCAAAGGUGUCAUUGGACUUAUUGUCUGCUGGUCAGGAUGUGUGGAUACAACAGAACUUAAGAAAGCUUUUGAGGCCGUGGAUGUUAAGGUAACAGACCAGGAAGUGGAUUUGUUAUUGAAAAGGUAAAACAUUUAUUGACAGUAUUAUUUAUUUUAGUCACUAAUCUAGUAGAAAAUAUAAAUACCCCCCUGGGCAGUUUAUUUUUUAUUUUGGCUCAAAAGAUGCACAGAUAGUUUCAAGUGAAGAAAGGUUGAAUAAUACAGAUACUCUGUGAUAUUGUUAUGAAAAAUAUUGACAUUCAUGGUAUCAAAACUGCCUAAAAUUUUUUCAAACUAGUGAAAUACAAAAAUUACCCCAACUUUUAAAACUUCAGAGAUGCAUUUCUGUUGUAGGAGGCACAUGUCUUGAGUAACAUCCAGUCAUGGCUUUUAAUUGGUCCAGGGGUCUCAAUACUUUAUCCCAUAAGCUGCUUUCGAUGGUGUAAUAGGCAACUGUACUCAGAGAAUGGGUACAGAGAAUGUGCCAAAAGGCGAAACCAAAACACAAGAGCUGUCUGGCAGGCUAAACAGGCAACAAUAAGUGGUCUUAUAUAAGCAGGGGUAAACUGCCAGUAACCAGCUUUUACUGAAACCCUUGUUGUCUGGAUGAGGGUAGAGCUGAACAAAAUUUUUGUUGACAGAUGCUGUGAGAGACAUUUGGACUCUCUUAAAAUUCAUCAUUACAGUCAUGUGUCAUUUAAAAAAAUCCUCUUUAAGGCUACCCUCACCUGGAAGAUCAAGCUGUAGUGUAUAGUUUUUAUUAAUGUACUGUAGAAACACUUUACCUUUUAAAAUUGUCAGCAUGGACAAGGACAAAACCCUUAAAGUUAACUGGAAAGAAUGGAGAGAAUAUCACCUGUUGAAUCCCAGCGGCCAUAGUAUGCAUGACAUCAUUCAGUUCUGGAGACAUUCUAAUGUAAGUGACUUGACCUUUUCAUUUUCAUGAUCUUUUUAUGAUCUCUCCCAGCAUCUGCCUGCUAUGAAUUUUGAUGUUUGCUCCAGACCUAUACUUCGCUGGUCUCUGUAAAAAUGUGUUAAUUUUGUUGAAAGAAAAAUGUUGAUCAGUUCUGUGAGUGACCAGGUUAUAAUGGUUUUGGUUUGUAGACCCUGCAGUUAAUUUGUGUUUCAACACCUUUUAUCAACCCAAAUAAAGCAUCUUCAUUUGAAUUUUUUCAAUAUUUGUGUUAGAUUCCCCUGAAUACUUAUAUUCUGUGGCUUUUCUGUUUUAGAUAUUAAUUGUCUUUGUUAGUUUUUUCAAUAUGUAUCAUUUAUCUUUGAUGUCCUCAGGUUAUUGAUAUUGGUGAGGAUAUGACUGUUCCAGAUGAAUUCACUGAGGAAGAAAAAGUGUCAGGAAUGUGGUGGAGACAGCUGGUGGCAGGGGGUGGAGCAGGAGUUGGUUAGUGUAACUAGGGCUUGUCUAGAUCAUGCCUUUCAGUCAUGGAAUUUGAGUUGAAAAUAUUGAAUUAAACGUCUAAGAUGGUGCAAAUAAAAGUAAUGAUGGGAAACUAAAGAAGCUCUUGAUUGCUCAAUAAAUUCUCCUCAUCAGAACUAUGAGAGAUGUAUGGAGAACAGGAUGGAGAAUCUGGGUAGUGAUGUAAGGGUCAACUCCUUUAAAUGCAUCCUGGUUAGCUUGCAGUUAUCUCCAAUCCAGCUAGCCCAAAGUUGUUUUUGUUUUUUUUUAAUUUAUUACAAUUUUUUUUUUUGCAAGGAUGCUUUUCAGAUUACAACAAGUUUAGUGCUAACCCUUUUAAAUUUGUUUCAUUCCAGUGUCAAGGACAUCAACUGCUCCUUUGGACAGAUUAAAAGUUUUAUUACAGGCAAGUAUCUAAAAUUGAAGGGGUCAUCAUGUACAGGUGAUACACAUGACUACAUUUUUAUCAGGGAGUGCUGGCCAGCAGAAAUAAUAACAGUCUGCUUACUAACCUUACUGACUAUCUAAGUAAGGUGUUUGACUAGAUUGGGAGGGAAGGAACAAUUAAUGAAUGCUUUGUGCUUUCUCGUUUUUCACAAUAACAAUAAGUCAAAUGGUUGCAGACAGACUAUUAAAGAGGGAAAAUUUUGUUUUAUUCCAGGUACAAGCAUCAAGCCAAAAUAGAAUAGGAAUUUCUUCUGGUUUUUCCAUGAUGAUCAAGGAAGGUGGAAUCAAAUCACUUUGGAGAGGAAAUGGUGCUAAUGUGGUCAAAAUUGCACCAGAAUCAGCCAUAAAAUUCUUUGCUUAUGAAAGGGUAUGUUUCAGUUAAUAAGAGACACCAGAACAUUGAAAGUUUUGUGUUAACCCUUUAACACCUAAGAGUGAUUGGCAUUGUAUUUCUCCCUUCAGUAUCACUGUUGAAUCAAACAUAAAGGCCAUGAGAAUAAGGGAAAUGAUCAACCAUGAGAGAAGCUUGUGAUUGUUGAACAAAUUCUCCUUGUCUGUACCAUAAGAAAUGUGUAGAGAACAGUAGGGAGAAUAUUUAUACUGAUCCUAGGGUUUAAAAGAAUCUUUAGGUCUUUCCUAAGACCUGCCAAAGGAUCUUUAUCUGCCAUAAUUUUUCUGGCAGUUUUUAGGCUUAAAAAACCUUCUAAAAUCGUUCAUGUUCUGUCAUUUGGUACAAUAUGUAGUACACGCUGGGAUUGUUUGUUCUUCAGGCAAAGAAGCUGUUGGGUGCAGAUGAAAAGCAGCUGGGGGUCAGAGAAAGACUUAUGGCAGGUUCAAUGGCUGGAGUAGCUUCACAGACAAGUAUAUACCCCCUGGAGGUACUUAAACCUGCAUAGUUGUAAAAAUAAAUUAUGAAAGUUUGUCUUAGAAUUUGUCAAUAAAUUAUGAGAAGUUGUCGAAUAAAAUGGGAGGAGUCUGAGAAUAGAGGGGUUAAGAAAACGAGCAAUUGGAAAAAACGUUGCUCUAAAGUAAUUCUCUAGCCUUUCUUUUUGACACUUUUUAGGGAUCAAUGAGAACUUGAUAAGUUUAGUUGUAAACUUAUCACAGAGUAGAGUCACAUGUAAAGCAGUGCAUGCCUAGUUUACAUUUGAAAUUAGUACAAAUAGUGCUUUUGGUAACCAUCAGGACGAAAUCUCAUUUUUAACAUGGAGCCACCUCAAAUAUCCCAACGUUUGUCUUUUCAUUCAGAAAAAAAGUAAAAAGAACAAACAAUUGGAAGUAUUGUUCAUUGUAGCUAUUUUGCUGACCAACUCCUUAUUUUUUCAUGUUUCAUGAGAAGGCGGCCUCAUGUGGGUGUAAUGUUCUUUUCAAUGCCCUUACUGGUUUAUAGGUGCUGAAAACAAGACUGGCGCUUCGUAAGACAGGACAGUACAAGGGUCUUGUCGAUGCGGCAUAUGUCAUCUUUACUACUGAAGGAAUCAGGAGUUUUUAUCGAGGGCUGUUCCCGAGUCUUUUAGGAAUCAUUCCCUAUGCUGGAAUAGAUCUUGCUGUAUAUGAGGUUAAUCUUAAUUUUCCUUCUUGGUUCAUUGCCUCCUUUGUGUUCAGUUACACUUUAAACCCGCGCUACAUUAGCGCGUUCAUUUUUCUGAGUUGAAACAGUUGAAUAACCUUUUAUCAUCAUUGUCUUUUUUUCAGACACUCAAAAACUUUUACCUUAACUACCACAAAAACCAGUCAGCCGACCCAGGGGUGUUUUUAUUGUUAGCGUGUGGUACAGCGUCCAGCACGUGUGGUCAGUUAGCUAGUUAUCCGUUGUCAUUAGUGAGGACCAAAUUACAAGCGCAAGGUAUGAAGCUACGUGCCGUUGCAAUGCACUUAAAAACAAUGAUGGGGGUUGAUGGUAGAGAGAGGGCAGAGAGCAGUGGCCAAACGUCUGCGCAUGUGCGAACGUUGUGAUUAAUUGGUGACGUGCUUUUAGGUUGUUAAUGCUAAAUUGUCUCUCCUUACGAGGAACUCAAAAUAGAAUGCCAAAUCAAUAGGAUAUCCCUACUUGAAUAUACUUUCUGUUCAAAGUCUCAAGUACUCCUUUUCGUCUCUGUGUUUCCUUGUAAAGAUUUCCAUAAAUGUUUCAAUUGUCAUUUGCUUGUUUUAGUUUCAAACUUUGCGUAAGAAAUUGGCGCGCUAACGGCUAGAUUUGAUUUCCUCGCGCAUGCCCGACGUUUGACCGCUGUUCCCAUUUGAAUGAGAUGUAGCCUGAUAGCAAGGUCUCGUUUGCGCUGCGGCACGAGUGGCGAUGGCUGCGAGAGGGGUCAACCACGAAAUGCUAGACAUCACAGGCUUCGCCACUCGUGCCGCAGCGCCUCUUAGAGCGGUGGCCUUUUGGGCUAUGCGCUUAAGUUAAGGCCACGGCUGUUUGAAGGUUGGAUAACGCUAUCCACUAUAUAAAUCUUUAUCCGGUGGAUAGUGCAGUACGUUUUGCCAUCACUUAUCCGCUAAAUAGCGAUUUAUCGGUUGGAUAGCGUAAUCCACCCUUAAUACAACUGGGUCUUAGGCUGGAACUUGGCGGGGGUCAUUUUCUUGGCACUCUCCUCUACUAGUGCGUCAUCCCAGUAGUAUGCACCGGUACCGUGAGCUGUCAGGGAAACUUGAGGAUUUGCCGAGUAACCAGCGAUGGACCAGAGUACCAUCCAGGUAGAGCGGUACUACUCCCUGUUGCUUCAUAACACAAACCGAGAUAAACCCCGCUAGCUAUCCCAUGCGGUUUCGUUACAGACAUCAGCAAUGACAUAUUUAGCCAGAUAAUUUUAAAUCAUUCUUUUUUUGUAACAUUUAUAUGAAACGUCUUUUCUUUCCAGCGCGCUCCCGCACUGCAGGCAGGGGAGAUACAAUGGUUUCAGUAAUUAAAAACAUUAUAAAAGAAGACGGACCACGUGGACUUUAUAGGGGACUGGCUCCUAACUUUAUGAAAGUUGCGCCUGCAGUCAGUAUAAGUUACGUUGUGUACGAACACUUGAGAAUGAACCUUGGCGUUAGAUAGAAUACUCGAUGGUCUGAUUUGGGGCAAAUGUAUAUGGAAUGAGAGCAUAAUGUAAACGCGAUAUAAGAGUAAAAGAGAAAAAUACACGACAGAGAGAAAAAGCUUGAAAAUAUAGGCGGUUUUCCUGCCUGUGAUAGCAUAGGAAGUCUAGCAACAUUAAUAUGGACUAUUCGAUUUGAUAUAAUUGCACGAACUUUAAUUUUGUUUUUAUGAAUUCUCAUGUUUUAAGACAUUCCGUCAUGGACAGCAAUUUUAAAGCUGGAGUCAACAUUUUGUUGUGGUUAUUUUUUUAAAUUUUUGACGAGGAUAACCUAAGGGUAACCCGAGAAGGUUACGAAUGACUGUGACGUCUUUUACUAACCUAAUCUGAGCGCUCUAAAAGCUAGGGGACUGGAUGACGUAUCACUGUCAUGUGGAGAGCGUAGGAAUGUCACUUGCUGAUUGGCUGAUAAUAUCGCAUAUAAAUUCAUCGCAUAUAAAUUUUCCAUGGGAGUAAAAUAUUAUGCAAGAUCGUGCUUGGUCAUAGUAUAUUGUUGUAAAUAUAUAUUUUUUUGUUUAGGCUUUUUGUCCCUUAAGAUAAACUUUUAUCUGAUCUGUUGCUAGGGAGUCUUGCUGAGAAAUAAUUUCUCGACCUUUCCUUUGAUCGUUAGUUUUUAACUUUAAAAUUUUACCAGAUGCAUGAAAUUCAGAAGUUGCCUGGAAAUGGCGUCUAAUCUCUCCAUAUGAUUUAAACUCUGCUUAACCCUUUAACUCCCAAGAUCUGAUUGUUAAUUCUCCUCUGUAGCUGCUACACAUUUCCUUGUAAAUUAGUUAUGAGAACUUGGUGCUAGAUCAAGAUAGCAGCUUCUACCUGAUAAGUUUGAAUAUUCUCAUUACCUUUUUGCUGAAGAAUGUAUGGAUAUUUUAGGGAGAAGUUUUAUGUUAAUAACUUCUGGGAGUUAAAGGGUUAAUCUUUUCUCUCCAUUUUUAUCCUGUUUUCUCUUUUUAUAUGCUUUCCUUCUUUCUUUCCUUUCUCAUCCCUUCUUAUUCUUUCAGGCUUGUCUGCUCCAGACCACACUGGUUCCAUGAUUUUUUAACUUUCUGCUAGAAAUUUUGAGUUAACAAAUAUUAACAAAAUUAUCUACAAACUGCUUGUUCAAUUUAGGAAAUCACUUUUAUCCUUGCUGCUUUUAAAUAAUCGCAUCUUAAGAUGAAGUUAUAUUACGAUCGCCAUUUACCUUAUGAUAAAAAUGUUAUCGUAAUACACUGACACACACGGCUGUAUUCUCUCGUUUAAGUGAUUUGCGAGAAAGGUCUUUAUUAUUCAAAUGGAUAGAAUAUUUAUACGAGCUGUUAAACAUUUGUGUAGCCAUCGUGUUUUGCGGAAGGGUUCUGAAGGGAACUACUUAGUUUUAACAAAGGAGUAAUUUAGUGGUUACGUCAAUUGUAAGCGUAGGUAUGUAGUGUUACAGCCAUGAAUGAUCUUUAGGUGUCUUUACCGAUGUCAGAAGGUUGAAGGAUCAAACGCCCGCAAGGACUAUUUGAACUAAAAUGAAGGCUAACCUCGAGCAAAAUAGAAC